UAAUCUACAUCAUAGUAAUAGAAUAAAACUGAGAGUGAUUUCCACAAGUUCAACUCUUCUCCCUAAAACAUUAUUUUCACCACCAAUUGUGUAAUGCGUGUUGUAUUCGUGGUUUUUUUUCUUCAAAAAAAAAAAAAUCGAAAAAGUUAUUCGUUUAUGAAAAUUGAAUGCGAUAAACAGGUAUUCCUAAAGUACAUUAUUUAUUUUCAAAUAGUCAACUUUCUUUUUUGAGUGUCGUUAGUUUGAAAAAUUAAGAUGCCAUCGGAAGAACCAUUUUGUGGAGCCACAUUAGAGAAUGUUCGAACUUAUUAUUUUUUAAACCUGCAAGGUUUAAUAGACAUACCAAUAUGCAUAAUUGGCGUAAUCUUCAACAUGUUCAACAUGCUGGUGUUCACAAGGAGGAACAUGAUAUCACCUGUGAACCUAAUCUUCAUGCAUUUGGCGUUUGCAAAUUUAUCAGAGCUGUUAGCGUUUAUAACCUCCACAUGGGCAUACUUGGCAUAUCACAGUAAGCAAAGCACUUACGAAGACUGGACUUAUACACGAGCAUUUGUUUUAAUGUCAAGCGCAGAAUUGACAAGUAUUUUUAACCGCAUAUCAGCGUAUAUUGUAAUGAUGCUAGUAAUAUGGAAGUAUAUAGCUGUAUUUCAUCCAUCUAAGGGAUCUCAGUGGUGCAAUAUGAAAACUACACGCAAUAUGGUGGUAACUGGUUACAUCGUAUGCGUCUUGCUUUAUAUACCGGAGUAUUUGUCACAUUAUAUUAAAACACUUAUCAUGCAUCCGACGACAACAGUUUACUUGUAUAGUAUUGAAACUCAUUCCAUCAUGUACUCUGCGUCACAAUUCAUCAAAAUAGUGUUGCAUGAAUUAUUACCAUCACUUGUGCUACUAAUAUUAGGUGUUAGAUUGAUCGUCUCACUGUGGAUGAAAAAAGAACACCCAACUCCUACUUCAAACGUUGAAAACCGCUCAGACAAUGUCGAAAUGAAGCAACAAACCAGUCGAUCGAUAAUCAUAUCGUUGGUGAUUGUGGCUCAAUGUUUAAGUGUCGAGAUUCCAACAGGAUCACUUGACCUAGUAGCACGUAUAGUUUCUGCAGUUGAUUAUUAUUCAAUUCAUUACGAAUGUGUUACUAGCUUCAAAGUAAUACUCUAUCUUUUAGAUUGCGUUAAUAAAUCUAUUAAGUUUAUCGUAUAUUUCGCCAUGGAUCAAGAUUUUAGAGACGCAUUCAAAUCUUUGUUCAACAAAAACAAUGCUUUUUUUUGGAAACUGAAGUAUGUUCCUUUGAGUAGUACCAUAGGGAAUGAUGAAAGUUUGGAAAUAGAUCGAAUUUAACACAGGUAGAUAAUUGAUUGGUUCUGACCGGAUCUGAGUAGAUCUGAUCUUGAUUAGACCAAAUCAGAUCUGAUCAUACUCGGAUAGGUAUGAUUCUUAGAUCAAAUUAAAUCUGACAAGAUCGGAUAAGACCAGUGCAGAUCCAACCAGAUCCAAUCAAUCUUCUCCUAACAUAAGCAGAUUUUUAAAAACGUCAAAAAUAUUUUUCAUUCAAAUGCUUGGGUUUGGUACUCGUAGCUUCCUAUAAAUGGGUAUUGUAUAGAUUAAGCGAGGUUAAGAUAUUUCAUGCAAGUAUAUGAUUGUGCAUAUUUGUCAAAAAUUUAUGUACGUAUUUAUUAUUCAAAAAAACAUCGAAGUAAAAAAAUGUACAAAUAAACUGAGUCUCUAUGUAAUUGUUAUAGUUAUCAAAACUACAUAGUUACCUGUUAGUUUUUAACAUCAUUUUGGAAUAGUUUCGAAUCCAGCAUUUUUUAAAACGUACAAAACGAUUUAUCCCAAAACAUUUCACGAUCUUUUACAUAAUUAUGACCAAAAAUAUAGCACUCUGUACCAGAGUACCCCCUUCCCUCCUCCUAGUUUCCGGAAUGGUACUGCAAAUCUUAUCACGAAAAUGUCACAGUUGUAAAAUUAUUGUAAACAAUUUAUCAUAAAAAUGUAUGCUGUGGGUCAUACCAUGUCAACUCAACCAAAAAAAUGCGAUGUUGAAAGUCAUUUCUUUCGAUUUCGCUCAAAUUUUUUUUACAAUAUAUACUCACCCAG